AUGGAAUGCGAUGAAUCACUGAAAGAAGAGUAUGAUAACAUCAAAUCUCAGAUCGCGGCACUCAGAUCGACCACAAUUGUUCUAAGUAACCAAAGAGAAAUUAAUUUCUAUCAUAAGUUAUUUUGCACCAUGCUUGACGGUAAAACGUGUAAUGUACUUACCAACACUACAUAUACACAGGCAUGUAAUGUUUGUAGGGUAACACCCAAAGAUAUUAACGAUUUGGACAACGUCAUAUAUAGAGAAUGCGAUGAAUCCACAUAUCAAAUUAGAGUAUCCAUUUUACAUGAUUUUCUGAGAUGUUACGAGUAUUUAUUGCACAUUUAUUACAAACUAGAGUUACAAAAAGGGCAAGCCCAAGGACCAGAAGAAAACAGAAAAUAA